UCGGUCUCCCAAAGUGCUGGGAUUGCCGGCGUGAGCCAUCGCACCCAGCCGUGUUUUUUUAAAUUUCAAAUUAAUUGCCAAAGUUGAAAAGUGUGGAAAUUGCAUCGAAAAUUCUGAUUUCUAGAUUUCUCUUGACUAAUUAACAAAAAAACCUCACGUUCCCAUGUGACCACGUUCGCUGGCAGCCCCUUCCCGAGGUGACACAGGCCUGGCUGCCCCCUGUUGGUCCCUGCAGGCAGUUCACCUUCACUCCCUGUGACUGAUGGGCAAUAACAAAAUGAGUGUUUAGCAUUAGCCGUGUGCCAGGUUCUAAGUGUGUCACACAUACUGACUCACAUCAGCCUCACAAUGACAGUGUGGUAGAUGCUAUGAUGCCCAUUUAUUCAAGAAAAGCUUAAUGGGGGCCCAAGCCUAUCAGGUUCUGGAAAUGGAAAUGCAUCUGGGAACAACACAGACAAAAUCCUGUCCUUCCUGGAGCUUUCAUUCCGGUGAGGGGACAUGGGGCGUGCCGAAGACGGUGGGGGGUGUGCUAUUAUAGAUAGACGGUCCGUAUAGGCCUGGCUGAGCAGGUGACAUUUAAGCGGAGACGUGACUGCAGUGAAGGGUUAGAAGAGUGUCCCAGGUGGAAAGAGGUGAAGAAACAUGCCUGGGGCCACACAGCUAGUUAAGUAGCCAAGCUGGGACUUGAACCCAUGCUGGCCCCAGAGCCUGUGCUCCUAACCACUGCAUUCUAGGGCUUGAUGUGAGUUGCCAGCCCUGCCCUGAGAUGCUCAGAGUUAGUGAGGAAGAGAAAUAGGGAACGUGGCUGCUGUUAGAGGGCUGGGGCUGGGGGUGCAGGAGGCCCCAGCUCUGAAGGUUCCAACUUCCUGUCCUAUUCUAGUCUCCUCGCAGGAGGCCGAGAUGAAUUGCCUGCCUGCCCUGGGCUCCUUAUUUUAAUCUCAGUAGGGUUCUGGGAGCACCCACCCACCUCCACAAAGCUCCUGGGCCCCUCCUCCCUUCAAGGAUUGCGAAGAACUGGUCGCAAAUCCUCCUAAGCCACCAGUAUCUCCAUCUUCAGCUCACACCAGCCCUGAGCGCCAGCCUGCGGCCAGGGGACCACGCACGUCCCACCCACCCAGCGACUCCGCAGCCGCUGCCCACUCUUCCUCACCCAUGGGGAACAGCAAAAGUGGGGCCCUGUCCAAGGAGAUCCUGGAGGAGCUGCAGCUGAACACCAAGUUCUCAGAGGAGGAGCUGUCCUCCUGGUACCAGUCCUUCCUGAAGGACUGCCCCAGCGGCCGCAUCACCCAGCAGCAGUUCCAGAGCAUCUACGCCAAGUUCUUCCCUGACACCGACCCCAAGGCCUAUGCCCAGCAUGUGUUCCGCAGCUUCGAUUCCAACCUCGACGGCACCCUGGACUUCAAGGAGUACGUCAUCGCCCUGCAUAUGACCACCGCGGGCAAGACCAACCAGAAGCUGGAGUGGGCCUUCUCCCUCUACGACGUGGACGGUAACGGGACCAUCAGCAAGAAUGAAGUGCUGGAGAUCGUCAUGGCUAUUUUCAAAAUGAUCACUCCCGAGGACGUGAAGCUCCUUCCAGAGGAUGAAAACACGCCGGAAAAGCGAGCUGAGAAGAUCUGGAAGUACUUCGGAAAGAGUGAUGAUGAUAAACUUACGGAGAAAGAAUUCAUCGAGGGGACCCUGGCCAAUAAGGAAAUUCUGCGACUGAUCCAGUUUGAGCCUCAAAAAGUGAAGGAAAAGAUAAAGAAUGCCUGAUGCCUACUGUUCAGUUGUCCUCCCUCCACCCACCACUCACACGACACCCGUGAGCACGUGUGCAUGCACACACAUGCACACACCCACCCCAGGGCCAAGAGAAAGGCCUGCACACAAGCCCACAGCACAGCUCCCUGCCAAACUGAAGCAUCUGUAGUGACCCACUGGUUCCUUCUUCCUGGGUCUUCAGCGUCCCUCCCAUCAUCCCCGGUCCCACCCCUCCCUCUGCCCACCAGCCCAUGGGCCUGUGCUAAUCCCAGGAUUAGGCCAUAGGAGUCCUAAGUGUCACCCCGCUGUAAGCUCCUUUGUGGAGUGCUGGGUAAGCAGUUUCCAAUAAAUGUAAGCUGAGCUGGG